AUGUCGGCCGCAAUCGACAAUGAAGAUCUCGAGGAGCUCUCCAUCUCCAUGCCUGCUCAGCGGCGCGGAGCUGGGGGCGCCAGCACUACAAAGACACAAGAUGCCGCCCUUGCGACGCCUGCCGCUCUCGGCACAGCCGUGCAGGAAAGCAAGAGCAAGGACUCCAAGGCGAAUCAGCGGCUGGGACAGUACACGAUAGUUCGUACGCUUGGAGAGGGCUCCUUUGGCAAGGUCAAGCUGGCCACGCACCAGGUCAGCGGCCAAAAGGUCGCCCUCAAGAUCAUCAACCGCAAGAGACUGGUGACGCGAGACAUGGCGGGCAGGAUAGAGCGCGAGAUCCAGUAUCUGCAACUGCUGCGGCAUCCGCACAUUAUCAAGCUAUACACCGUCAUAACCACGCCCACGGAAAUCAUCAUGGUCCUGGAGUACGCUGGCGGCGAGUUGUUCGACUACAUUGUCAACCACGGGAAGCUGCAAGAGGCCCAGGCUAGAAAGUUCUUCCAGCAAAUCGUAUGCGCCGUCGAAUACUGCCACAGACACAAGAUUGUCCACCGAGACUUGAAGCCCGAGAACCUGCUGCUCGACCACGACAGCAACGUCAAAAUCGCAGACUUUGGCCUGAGCAACAUUAUGACAGAUGGCAAUUUCCUCAAGACGAGCUGCGGCAGCCCAAACUACGCUGCGCCCGAAGUCAUAUCUGGAAAGCUGUAUGCCGGCCCCGAAGUCGACGUUUGGAGUUGCGGUGUCAUUCUCUACGUGCUGUUGGUUGGUCGACUACCUUUUGACGACGAGUAUAUCCCUACACUUUUUAAGAAGAUUGCAGCUGGACAAUACAGCACACCGAGCUAUCUGUCACCGGGUGCCACGUCCCUGAUUAAGAAAAUGCUCAUGGUCAACCCCGUCCACCGCAUCACCAUCCCCGAACUCCGACAAGAUCCAUGGUUCACCACAGACCUACCCCCAUACCUGGAGCCACCUGUUCAAGACUUCUUCGAUAGUGGAGCCGACCCUAACAAAGCAAUCGAUCCCAAGGCUCUAGCCCCAACCGCCGAUGCCCCUCGUGUCCAGGCCUUGCACGAAAAUGUCGUCUCCAAGCUCGGAAAAACAAUGGGCUACGCAAAGCAUGACGUCCAAGACGCCUUGGCACGUGACGAGCCGAGCGCAAUCAAGGACGCCUACUUGAUUGUGCGCGAGAAUGAGAUGAUGCGGGAUAACCCAUUACUGACCAACGACAACGGCGUACCGGUAUGGAAUCACCAGUCGCCUCCCACCCACGAGAGUCACAUGGACAAGUUCAGACCACAAUCGUUGAACGCUGCUUCCCGUCCCCAGUUCAUCCCCCCCUCGACCAAGGAGCAUGAAAGGGCGCGUCAAGGCUCAAAUGCUAGUAGCCAGCUCGCAAUGGUGCGCAGUCCCGUUAGCACAGUGGCUAUCUUGCCUAGCAGUCUUACCGAAUACCAUAAAGCGUACAUGAAAGGUCACCCACGGCCGCUGAGCAGAGUCCAGGAUACAGAUGGUCUCCCACCGACUCCAGAACAGACGGAAGAGCAACGGCAAAUCUCAGCUCGUAGGCUGAAGCCUAACUUCCGCACUCUACCUGAAGCCGGAAGGUCAAAACCUGAACCAAUGACAAGCCUACCCGCUAAGAAACCGCGAGCGACCAAGUGGCAAUUUGGUAUUCGUUCAAGGAAUCAGCCUGCAGAGGCCAUGCUGGCCAUCUUCAAGGCACUGAAAGCCAUGGGUGCUGACUGGGAGAUACCCAAGAUACGCCGAGCGGGUGGAAGAAGCGGAUCCCGCAGUCCAAGUACAUCCAAGGCGCCUGGAUCACCAAAGUCGCGGAGUCAGUCACAAGACUCGAUAUCGUCUCACUCAUCGCAUGAAGGUCAAGGUGCGCGCGCCAACUCGCCACGCCGAGAGCCGCUUACCGUACGCAACAACAGCGCAUACGAGCAAGAGACAAGAGGCCGGCAGAAGAGACACUACAACCACACCAACGACUGGGGCUACCACGUCCCCGAAGACCCAUGGGUCAUAAACGCCCGCUUCCGCAAAGAAGGCAUGUUCCCCCCCGGCGUCGCCCACCCAUCCUCCACCCACUCGUCGCGCGUCGACCUCGCAAACGACCCCUCUGGUCUCCGCCGCCGCAGCUCCACAAACGCCAGCACAUCCAGCGCCCAUGCCGUCGACGGCAUGACAUCAGCAGAGCGCGCCGCCACCGAAGACCAUCACCAACACCUCCAUUCGGACGAAGCAGUCUUCAUCUACAUGUCGAUCCAACUCUACAGCAUCGACCGCGACUUCUUCGUCGUAGACUUCAAAUGCGCCGGCUACGAACGCCUCGUCUCGAACCUCGUCCGCGAAAUCAAAGCCUCGUCUUCUUCCCUGUCUAGCUCGCAACCUCACCAGCAUCACCAGGACGGCUGGGACGACGAACAGGGCGUCUGGCGCAGACUAGCAGAAAACGAACCCCUCCCCCCUGAUCUGGCGAAUAAAUUGAGAGAAGGUGAUACGGGCAUUUUGAGAGAGCGCACUGAACUUGUGGGUGUCGGACGUCAGGAGGGCGAGAAGAUUGUUACUAGUCCAUUUCCGUUUUUGGAUGUGGCUAGUACGUUGAUUUUGCAGUUGAGUGGGGAGUGA